AAUAUUUUGAGAUUGCUCUUUAGAACGGUGAUAGCUAUUACGCUCAUAGGUCUUAUAACAGCGCGAGUUGCGCGGAACGAUUAAUAUUUUCGUUUAAUAUAAAUAUGUAAAAUGGCAGUGUCACAACAAUGGUUUAUACAGUGGUCGACACCUUCGGUUACGUUUACUGAUAUUAGUGCUCAAUAUAAAAAUGUGAACCCAUAUUUGGAACAGCGUGAUUUAAAUGUAUAUAGGUUUUUUGAUCAAAAAUAUACAAAUAAUCAACGGCUGACUCCGUAUCAAUAUCGAAAAAGGAAGUAUUUUAGUCAUACAGAAUCGAAUAAAGCUUAUCAAGCGAAUGAUCGAUCUGCGGGCGUCACGCUGUGGCUUGCCAUGUUAGGAUUAGCGAGUACACAAUCUCUGCCAGCAGAUGUGGAUACUCCACCUUUCAGUACUCUUUACAAGUGGAAAUACAUCGACUUUGAGUUUCCGUCAGAACUACAUCGACAGAGAGCUUUAUCUACCAGGCAAUACGUACCAGAUAGUGUACUGCCUUUAGGCUUAGAAGUAUGGGGAUCACGUGUUUGGGUGACAUUACCUAGCUGGAGGCAAGGUGUUCCUGCGACUCUAGCUACAGUAUCGCGUUCUGGGGGUGUAGUGUCACCCCUCCUCAAACCGUACCCUGAUUGGAGCUAUCAUCGAGCCUUCAAUGAUCAACAAAAUUGCUCUGGAUUAACGUCAGUAUUUCGUAUUAACGUGGAUCAGUGUGGAAGAUUAUGGGUGUUAGAUUCUGGACAAAUUGAUUCACAAGACAACCCUAAACAAGUAUGUCCGCCCAGCAUCGUUGUCUUUAAUUUACAAAACGAUCAACUCGUGGCUCGUUAUACAAUUCCAGAAAAAUAUGUUCUUCAAGAUUCUCUUUUCUCCAAUAUUGUUGUAGAUUCUAGAAUAUCAGACUGCUCAGAUCUUCACGUUUAUAUUGCUGAUACUUGGAGAUUUGGCCUAUUAGUUUUUCGUGAGAGCGACGCCAGUUUCUGGCGGUUCUCACAUCAUUUAUUUUAUCCAGAUCCUUUGGCAUCGAAUUAUACACUUCAUGGACAUAAUUUUCAAUGGUCCGAUGGCAUAUUUGGCCUAGCUUUAUCUCCAGUAAAUUACUUUCAGGAAAGAAUCCUAUACUUCCAUUCAAUGUCAAGUUACAGAGAAUUUUACGUCAAAACAUCUGUUCUCCGUGAACCAACCCGUGUAAAUAACAGUGCAACUGAGUUUAAUCUAGUAGGGGAAAGUAGGGGGCUGUUUGGGCAAUCAUCAGCAUCUGCUAUAGACAGGCGCGGAGUAAUGUUUUACGGUUUAGUCACUAGAGACAGCGUAGCAUGUUGGGAUACUAAAAAACCGUAUCAAAAAAUAACAACUGGCACCGUGGCUAGGAACCCUGAGACAUUAAUUUUCCCAAAUGAUAUAAAAGUGGACCAAAGUGAGCGGCAGAGUUUAUGGGUAAUAUCAAACAGAUUACCAAUAUUUCAAGAGGGCCCAUUAGACCCCGAAGACUAUAAUUAUCGUAUCAUGUAUGUUGACACGAUAGAAGCUGUUCGAGGCACGGUUUGUGAUCCAAGCUAUCGCAUAUCAGAAAGAGCAAUUAUUCAUACUGAUUUGUUGCCAUUAUUUUCAAUCGCAUUAUUUUUGGGAGGAAUUAUAUCAACGAGCAAUGUGCUCAGUGUUCCACAAAAGUCAAUUGGCACUUUGUAUAGAUGGAAACAAAUGGACUUUGUCUUCCCCAAUGAAGACGAAAGAAAAACUGCAAUCGAAAAUGGGCAAUAUAUUCAGUCUAACGUCAUCCCGCUAGGAGUUGAAAGAUGGAAAAAUCGUGUUUUCGUAAGUACACCUCGAUGGAAGAAAGGUAUACCCGCGAGUCUUUCGGUUCUACCCGUUGUUGCUGAAGAAACAUCGCCACCACUCACCCCUUAUCCCAGCUGGGAUUGGCACACCGCUGAAAAUUGCACAGGAAUAACAUCUGUUUUUAGAAUGGUAAUUGACCAUUGUGGAAUAAUGUGGGUACUCGACUCAGGUCAAAUUGAAGCAUUUGAAACUCCACGCCAAUUGUGUCCACCGACUUUAAUAGCUAUAAAUUUGGAAAAAGAUACUAUUGUGGGAAAGUUCCCGAUACCCGACGAGUUUGUUUUGCAAGAUUCAUUGAUAACAAAUAUCAUAAUAGACUCUAGAGAUCCGCAAUGCAAGGAUUUACACGUUUACAUAUCGGAUGUUAGACGCUACGGCCUUAUUGUCUUUAGAGGUGCGGACGGGGUAUUUUGGAAGUUCAAUCACUAUACAUUUUACCCGGAACCUCUGCUAUCGAACUACACUUUGCACGGCGUGAACUUUCAGUGGCCCGAUGGAUUAUUUGGAAUGUCACUAGGCCCAUAUCAUUUGGGUGACCGACCCUUGUAUUAUCACUCUAUGUCUGGCUCGCACGAGUUUGUAGUUUAUACGUCUGUAAUUCGCGACCCUGCACGUGUUGACAACUCUGUGGGUGAAUUUAAGCUUCUCGGCGAAAGCCGUGGUCCCAUAGGACAAGUAUCGGCCGCAGCUGUUGACCGCAAUGGUAUCAUGUUCUUUAACCUUGUUUCGCAAGACAGUAUCGGAUGUUGGGACACGCGUAAGGAGUACAAAAUUGAAAAUUUAGGUGUUGUAGCGAAAAAUAAUAAAACAUUGGUAUUUCCUAACGAUCUCAGAAUAGAUCAUGAAGUACCACAAGUUGGAUGGAUUAUAACUAAUCGAUUACCUAUGUAUCAAUUUAAUUUGUUGAACCCGAAUGAAUACAAUUUUAGAGUGAUGUUUUUAGACCCCAUCGCAGCAAUUGCGAAUACUGUUUGUCAAUACUAG